AUGCAGAGACAUACCUUUACCGCACUCAACUCCACGUUCAUCGUCGAUUCCGAGUACCAAUUCGUCAAGGAACUUGGCCAGGGCGCUUAUGGGUGUGUGGUCGCUGCGAGACAUCGUAGAUCAGGCGAGGGCUGCGCCAUUAAGAAAAUCACGAAUAUCAAUACCAAGCGUAUUUUAACAAAGCGGUGUCUGAGAGAGAUCAGACUGUUGCACCACUUCCGAGGACACAAAAAUGUUCGUCCUCGGAUUCCUGACCUAUUCUUGCAUCACUUAUAUCCCAAGCAGAUCACCUGCUUGUACGAUAUGGAUAUUGUAUUUCAACCCAACGGCAAUUUUGAUGAAGUGUAUCUCUAUGAAGAGUUGAUGGAGGCCGAUUUGCACGCCAUCAUUCGAUCCGGUCAACCCCUCACGGAUGCACACUUCCAGUCUUUCCUUUAUCAGACCCUCUGCGGAUUGAAAUAUAUUCACUCCGCCAAUGUCUUGCACCGCGAUCUUAAACCCGGAAACCUUUUGGUCAAUGCUGAUUGCGAACUUAAAAUUUGUGACUUUGGACUUGCUAGAGGCUAUACUCCCGGAGGAGGCACGUCGAAAGCCGCCGGAAAUCAAGGUUUCAUGACAGAAUAUGUUGCGACUCGAUGGUACCGAGCUCCAGAAAUCAUGCUGAGCUUUGCCAAUUACACCACUGCCAUUGAUGUUUGGUCUGUGGGCUGUAUUUUGGCCGAACUAUUGGGCGGCAAACCCAUUUUCAAGGGUCGCGAUUAUGUCGAUCAGCUUAACCAGAUUCUUCAUUAUCUUGGAACGCCAUCUGAAGACACGCUUCGACGUGUCGGAUCUCCCCGCGCCCAAGACUAUAUCCGAUCUCUUCCUAUCAAGCCCCGGGUACCUUUCUCAACACUGUUUCCUCACGCCAACCCCCUCGCGAUUGACUUGCUCUCAGGAAUGCUGUGCUUCGAUCCAGCCAAGCGAAUAAGUUGCGAGGAGGCGCUUAACCAUCCUUACCUCCAAGUAUGGCAUGAUCCGGCUGACGAGCCCGUUUGUGAUUCGAAGUUCGACUUCGGAUUUGAAGAAGAGGACAGCAUUGAUGGAAUGAAGAAAUUAAUUAUUGAUGAAGUAAACUCCUUCCGUGUUGAAGCGGGUCAAAUUCGCCGACAGGACAGCCUUCCUCUUCCAUCACGGGACGAGAUCAUGAACUCUCCAAUGCAAGGCCAAGGAGGGAACUACGUCGGGGUUCACUGCCCCUCCUCAAGCUAA